GUCCCUGGUCCCUCCGCACCGCUCGCCCUCGGCUCCCCGCGUUCCGCGGCCUCCGGCGCCUGAGCCUGGUCCGUGCCGCCGUGAGGGGCGAGGAGCCGGCCGCGGGUGGCGGGAGAGGCAGAGUCGAGCCCGGCUGGGGCCUCCGUCGCGUGUGAAUGCGCCUGGACGCGUGUUCGCCCAGGAGUCCUUCCCCGCCGCCGGGGGUUGCUUGAGAGGCCGAGGAGGCUCGUCGGCUGCGUGGCUUUCAGUCCUGCUCUUCCGCCCUUCCAACGUGGCUUCCCUUCGCCCUUCCUUCUCUGAUUGCCUCCCAACAACCUUGCGAGGUUGAAGGAUGUCCCGGGUCCCUUUGGGGAAAGUCCUCCUGCGAAAUGUCAUUCGUCAUACCGAUGCGCAUAACAAGAUUCAGGAAGAGUCAGAAAUGUGGAAAAUACGAGAGAUGGAAAAGCAAACUGAAGAAGUAUAUCAGGGCAAGCGAAAAAGUUCGCUUUCCGAUACUUCCAGCCGAAUGCGUAGUGAUGGUUUUGAUGAGGGCAGCCAACAGGACUGGAAGGAGAAGAAUGUUGCUCCUGCAUCCAUGACAACGGAAGAUGACCUCCGCCAUGCCCGGUACUGGAACAGGAAGCUCUACGAAUGUGAAGCCGGCAUGCCAGACAGAUGGGGCCACAGUGGCUACAAAGAACUGUAUCCGGAAGAAUUUGAUACAGACAGUGAUCAACGGGAGCAAGACGAACAGAAUUCUCUGAAUGGAAAAAGAAAAUCUCACCAUGACAGGCGGUCUUCCCCGGAGCUGCACAAAAAGAAAAAGGACAAAAAGUCGCACAAGAAGAAGCGGAAAAAGAAAUCGCACAAAAAGCGGAAGAAGAAGAAAAGGGAGCAGCUGAGCACAGCAUCAGAUUCGUCUCAAGAAUCUGAGUGUUCAGAGACCGGCGCUUCUGGCGCUGGAAAGCAGAGGCGGCAACGCCACAAGAAAGCCAAGAAGACUCCGACCAAGCAGCCGACCUCUUCCUCAGGGCAAGACACUGACUCCAGCGGCUCAGAGGACAGUGAGCCCCGGAGGAAGCUGGAGAAGCAGCCAAAAAAAAAGCGAAGGAAACGCUGCGCUUCCACCUCGGAACGAUGCAGCGAGGGAGUGCAGGAGAAGCGCAGCAAGCGGAAGAACUGGAAAGUGGCGGCUGAUGAGAAUUCAGAGGACAGCUCUGACGAGGAUUAACAAUAAGGAGCAGCUCUGUGUGUGUACGUGCUCGUCCUGCAAGAGAACAGGAGGCUCUCUUCCAAAUGCCGUCCUGGUGGAACAAACCAAGGUUCAAACUGGCUGUGCAAACCUUGGGAUCUUGCAGGAGGCAACCUGAUGUCUCCCCUGGCCUAAAAAUUCCCGAUUCCUGCCAGACUGCUCAUGACUUGACUAACCCUUAAUCGCCAAGGGAUACUCUUGGGAGCGGCUCAGAAGGGAACCUGAUGGCUCCAAUGUUUUUUUAAGAGUCUAACUAUUUUUUAAUGGCCAAUGUGUAAAAUCUAAUUGCAAUAAAUAAUGGAGGAACACCGCAAUGCCCCAAGCUAUCA